AUGUUUCCUCCAGCAAAGAACGGCAGAGACAGGCCAAUCGUUGCUGACUGGAUGGCGGGUGUCCAGUCCCUUCUUCCCGCAGUGGACUUUGAUCACCCCAAUGACAGUGCUGAACCUAAUCGUCACCCGGAUAUUAGUGCCAUUGAUUUUGCAACCGACGACUUCAAUUUCGCAACAGAUCUAACAGACGAUGUAUUCUCAAACCGACUGCCUCUAUUAUGCGACGAUACAUUUGACGAUUUCUUCUCCUUCGAUCACGAUGCCAAUGGCAGUGACAAUUCCUACCCCAUCUCCCCAUUGACAGAGAUGGCCCAAUCAGCCAACACGCGCGCCGACGACGAUCAACGCACCACCGGCCCCCGAUCCAAGCGAGCCAACACCACACACUACUGCAGGAACACACCAGCGAGACGCACAGGAUCUCAGGUGCUGGGACCACGGGUGUAA